CGCGCUCUCGCGGCCCUUCCCCCGAUUUACGAACGCUCUCCGCUCGGUUCACCGCUGAAUCUCCAACUGUCUGCGAGCGAACCGGACCGGAACGGAACGCAUCGGACUGCGCGGCCACACAGGGCCGGCGAGGAGGGAUGGGCCGUGGAGGCCCGCGGCUCCGCUCGUACCCCUCUCUUAGCGCCGUGCUCGCGCGGCGGAUGGGGUGACCUGCCCUGCUGGGGCGGGGGGGGGGCGGUCCCGACGCUGGGGCCGCGGGCUCGUGCAGGUCCCGAACCCGUGUCCCGCCAUACCGACGGGGGGAGGAGGGGGGGGUGGGGCAGAAUGCAGGGGGUGCCGGUGACCGGAGAGACGCCCACCCUGAGCGGGGGCCGGAGAGAGGAGCAGCGGCCCCUGAAACAGUCCCUGAGCAGCUCCCUUUGCCGCGAGUCCCACUGGAAGUGCCUGCUGCUCACGCUGCUCAUGUACGGCUGCUUCGCCACGCUGGGCUGGUGCUCCCUGUACCGUGUCACCGUCAUGGCUACCGACGACCACGGCGCUUCCUUCUACUACGGCGGCCGCGCACGUCUCUACCACGAUAGCCCCUGCUCCAACGGCUACGUCUACAUCCCGCUGGCCUUCCUGGCCAUGCUCUACGUGGUUUACCUGGUGGAGUGCUGGCACUGCUACUCCAAGACAGCCACGCUGGCCAAGGUCGAGAUUGGCGAGGUAUACGAGCGUGUGCAACGGCUCCAGCAGGCCACCCCCUGCAUCUGGUGGAAGGCCAUCAGCUACCACUACGUGCGGCGCACGCGGCAGGUGACGCGCUACCGCAACGGUGACGCCUACACUACCACACAGGUGUACCACGAGCGUGUCAACACGCACACGGCCAGCUCCGAGUUCGACUACGGCCGACACGGCGUCAAAGACGUAUCCAAGGAGCUGCUGGGACUGCUGGAGCACCCGGCCGUCCGCCUGCGCUUCACCAAGUGCUUCAGCUUCGCUAGUGCCCGUGCCGAGACUGCCUACCUCACGCAGCGUGCCCGUUUCUUUGCCGACAACGAGGGCCUUGAUGACUACAUGGAGGCCCGCGAGGGCAUGCACCUGAAGAAUGUGGACUUCCGUGAGCACAUGCUGGCCUUCCCGGACCCUGGCCACCAACCCUGGUUCUCGCGGCGCCGAGUCUUCUGGCUGGCAUCGGCGCUGCUGCUUUCGUGGCCACUGCGCGUUGUGGCCGAGUAUCAGACAGCGUAUGUGCACUACCACGUGGAGAAGCUGUUUGGCGAGAGCGAAGACAGCCGGGAGAACGACCGUGAUGCGGGUGGCUACCGGUCCGGGCGCGAGAGCGGCUCCGGUGGACUCGGCUACGACUACCAUGCCAUCUCGCGGGUCAACACGGUCGACAUCACUGAGCUGGAGUGGCACAUCCGCUGCAACCAGCAAAUGGUUCCCAGCUAUUCGGAAGCCUUGCUCAUGGAACUGGACUCGAACAGAAACCCCCCACUGUCUGCCCUGAGCAACACGCCGGCGCAUCCCGGUGGCUUCUUCUUACACAACUGCCCUCGGUGUCGGAGGUCUACCAGCAGCACCUCACUCCCUUCACGGGUGAGGAGUAGCGUGGCCAACGGGAGGCUCGGGGGUCACGGCAGCGAGAGGCUGGCCCCGAGUCGCAGCGGCUUCUCGUUGGGCCGCCUGCAGACGUCUCGCCACACGGGGCUUUUCCACUCCAGGAGCCUCGGGGGAGGGUUCACCGCCCGGGGGGAGGACGGAGGAGGGGGCUUCCUCGGUCUGGGGGGCCGACGGGACGAGGAGAGCAGGGGAGUGCUUGGGCGGGGAACCCUGGAUGAAGAUGACAACGAGGAGGAGGAGAGAGUGCGGGUCCCGGGAGUGGAGGGAGGUGCCGAUGGAGCCUGGGAGGAAGAGCGAGGCAGACCUCCGUCGUACCACGAUGCACUGCUCCUUCCUGUGUUGAUUGUACAUGGUGAGGAGAACUGCCAGGGAGGGAGAGGGUAGUGACAGGGAGUGAGUGACAUAGAGGAGCCCACAGACAUUGAGAGAGGCCUGGAGAGAAAAGGAAGGUUCUUAAAUCAGGGAAGCAGGAAGUGUAGGAGGGAGGAAGGAAAGAAGGAAGGAAGGAAGUGGGGACAAGAAUAAAGGGUUUGCCAGAAAUGGGGUGAUCCGCAUAGGGCUGUCACUGUUAGUGUCCCUCUUCUCAAUCUAUCUUCCAUGAACGGGGACGUCACAAGUCCCGAGGCAUAAAUGACAAACUGGGGAUGACUAAACAAAUGUGAAAUAUGAAACUGGUCUCUUGACUUUCUCAUGAAUGUAAAUAAGGGAACCUGGAGCCUGUUGGUGUCACAGGGUAUCAGGAGGCGGCACCAUGAGGACGCAAAGGGUGUGAUGGACCGCGACACCUCGGUCCGUCCAACCCUAACAUUCCGGAGGCUCCCCUUUCAUCCCCACCAUAAAAUAGGUUCCGUUGCGGUCGAUAAUAAAAUGAAGAAUGAGCGGCGGUGAGUAAAUAGCAUCUGGACGGUAUUUCCUCUAAAUGCCACCACGACAAUGACUUUGCCUUCCUAAUCGAUCGCCAUCAUCUCUUGCCGGAGACGAAAAUAGACAAUACGCGUAUAAAUGGGAAAUGCUGAGAUUCAUUGGCAGUCCGGAACUAUCCGGAUGUUCCCGUUCAAAGCCGACAUCCUGGAGAGCACCCAUCAAGGGAGAUGUGUGAGUUGGUCAUCAUCAGGUCAUCAUUGCACAGUACAGUGACCCGAUGAAGGCGUGUUUUCUCUGUACUGGAAUAACAGGGAACGUGCGAGUGCAGUGUGUGUCUACCGCGGGCGUCCGGGGGUCUCGACCCACCUUAGGUGGACAUUUGUACCUGUCCUUUGAUUUGUUCCUCUUGUGAAAGGGAAGGAGGGAGAAGCGAAGCACAGCAAUAUACACCAUCGAACCUCAGUGGGAGGAAGAGGCUGUGAGCCUGUGGUGGAGGAGGAGGUACUGAGGUACGAGGACAGGAGGGGCAGGAGGGAAGGACGAAGCGUUGUGCUGUCCUGCAUGGUCUGCCACUGUCCUCCAGCUCACACCAGAGGCUUCUCGCAGUUACUCUCAGUUUUACACACAUUUCUAUUCAUUUUCUACCUUUUUUUGAAGCCAUACACUCCCGUGUGUCACUUUUUGCCGGGGUGUGAGGGCUUCUUCCGAUACCAUAGUACUGCUGAAUGUUGUAUAAUCAGGAAACACGGCAAAUUUAGGACAUGUAUGUCCCUGCACUUAGAAAGGAGACCAUCUAAAUGUACACACACACACACACACACACACACACAGGAACACUCUCAAAACGUACCCUGAAGGUCCUUCCAGAAGAGCAACCCCCGAACAUUGUAAUGUUUCCUCAACACAUCAUCUCAGGCUCAUGGUUUCGUUGCUUAUGAUCCAAUGUACAGCUGGAGUUCAACUUAACAACUUAACCGGGUUUGUUACUUGCAAAAGUUUAUAAGUCGAAUGUAACACCGAGCAGGUGUCUGCAUCUUCUGUUGAUGGGCUUUUGUUUACUGAGUUGUUCAUCACUUCGGAGAAAAGCAUUUGCUAAGUGAAUAAAUCAAGGUGAACAACUCAGACGACUCCACUGGAGGAAAGGCGGCAGUGGACAGAUGGGCACUAUGGACUGACUGUUUCCCGUCGGACAGAUCGUGGACGACAAGGGGGAGAGCAGCACCUGCCUGUGGUGAGCCAGGAUGCCUCGUGCACCUACUUGAGUCAGAGAGUUCGCUGUGCACCUGCAUCUCCUUGAUCCCUUGACCUCACACAGAGCAGGAAAUUUACUAGUAACCAGUACUAGUGUGACAACAAAUAAAAGCACAAUUACGAGAAAUUUACAAAACAUUAUAAGUUGUAUGUAUUCCAUAGAGAUGGAAGAUGAUAGAGAGAGAGGUGGCUCUUCACUGAUGGCUCAGAAGUGGCUGGCAGAUGGAGAAUCAUUUACAGUUAGUUUACUCACCUUCUCUUUGCUUCUUCUUCAUCUUCUCCACCUUUGGAAAACCUUUGGAGUUCACACUGCGGUCAGCUGAUCGAUCGGAGCGGUUCACGCCAGCUGUGUUUUUCUGAAAAAAGCUAAACGCUUCCAAAAAAAGGCUGUGGCAAUGAAAAGGUCGUUACUUUUCAAGUUGGGGACCAAUCAUUUCUUACAAAGACGGUACGACGGAUGGGGCUCGCAUCAAAAAUGUUUCGCGUGCAGGACCGUGUGUUUAGUCUCUGUGAUCCGUAACGGUCGAGUGUUGCAUUUUCGGGUCUCCCACUCUUAUUUGUGAGCUGUAUAUGAUAAGCACAAUUAAAGGGAACGAUACACUGUUUCACUUUGGACGUUUUUCUCAAUGGAGACAACAGAUGAACAUGCACACACACACACACACACACAGAGUAGUAAGUGUAACUCUGUCAUGGGUGUACUGUUGCAGUGCUCAAAGUCCCAGAGUCCUGCAGGUCUUUAAGCAGCACCUGAGUUACACCUGAAGCACAGGGGACAAACAAAUACACCCACACACACACACACACAUACACACUCCGUUACCAGAGUGAGAGCACAAAUGAGGAAAUGGAGCGAGGAGGAUCAUGGGAAAGGAAACAAACGGACCUGGAAUGAAUGUAUGUCCCAGCAAAGCACAGCAGUGAACCCAGUACUUUAACAAGUGUGUGUGUGUGUGUGUGUGUGUGUGUGUGUGUGUGUGUGUGUGGGUGGGUGGGUGUGAUGGGAAGCAAAGUGAAUGCACAACAACACCCACACACAUGUAACACACACCCAGAAUAGUGAACGUAAUGCUAUAGCUGGCACUGCUAUGACUCUACUGCUACUACUGCAAGUACUACUAUUGCUACUAUAGUAAAUGUUGAUGAUGAUCAUAAUUAUACUAAUAAAAAGAACU